ACAAGUUCCAGGUAGCCCCCGGACAUUUACGGAAGUAAAAAGCGCUUCGGUUUAACCGUUUACCGCCUUGUGCUCUUUAUGAACAUUAUUGAUUUUAAGGGUACAUGAAAUUCGGAUAGAGGGAACGAAAGGCGUUCAUUGCGGAAAUGAAACCUUCGGUGGACUCUGAAGAAGAGGAAGAGAUAGGAACAUAUCAGAAGAAGCUAAGAGAGCGGGCCAACCGCAGUAUUCAGCAGUUAAGCAACAUACUGGGGAACCAGAGCUCAGACACAGAGGUGCUGGAACAAUCGAGCAGUCAACACAGUUCACCAGGGAGCUCGAGACAACAAACACAGCAAAGCGAAGCAGUCAGUCAGCUACGUUCAUUGCUGCAAAAACAACCUAAAGACGUAAAUGUUCCUUCGCCUUCAAAAAGGAAACACGUUCCAAAGGCAGAUGAUGAUGAUGAUGAUGGAAGUGUACCCCCAAUCCACGACCUGGUUCCCAUCAUUCACAACCAGUCUGAGUACAUCCAGCACCUUGAGGCUGAGGUCAAAUUCUGCAAGGAGGAACUGCUCGCGAUGAAGCAGCGAGUCCGUGUAGUGGUCGUAGAGAACGAAAAAUUGCAUGAGGAGCUCAAGGCAAAGAUGGUAGAAGACACUCUGAAGGAAUACACGCUUCUAGAUGGCACGGUAAAUGCUGAAACUUCAAUAGAUAAAAUGUCCUUGACUGCAGCAGCAAAACCAAGGCGGGAUUUUAUUCAUAAAACAGAAGACAAGAAGUGGGAAAAAGAGCUGGAGCAGUUAAAAUGCUUGUACCAAGCACAGACUGAAACUCUAGAAGCUCAGGUGGUUUCUCUGAAGAAAGAAUUAGUGAGUUCUCAGACAGAAUGUGAGGAAGUGAAGGAGCGUCUGAGGCAUAAGGAAGUGAUGGGAAGUGUAUCGGGGACUGGUCAGCGUGUCGGAGGUUUGUGUGUGAAAUGCGCACAGCAUGAGGCUGUGCUUGCAGAAACGCAUUCCAAUAUUCAUGUCCAGGCCAUCGAGAGACUUACCAAAGAGCGAGACGAGCUGAUGAUGGCGCUGUGCUCUCUGAGGGCCAGUCAGAGUGAGGCACAGCAGAGAGAGUGGGCUGCCUAUCAUCAGGUCAAACAGGCUGUGGAGAUGGCAGAGGAGGCUAACCUGGAGAAGACCAAGGCACAUGUACAUUGUGAGCAUGUCCUCGCUGAGCUGGCUAGGCAGAGGGAGAGACUGGACAAGGAACUUGCCUUAGAGCAGGAGAAGAUCGCACAGGCGAGGAACGCAGCUCGCUCUGAGAGCAAAAAAGAGAAAGAGGAACUUGCUCAGAUGGUAACCUCCCUGACAUGCAGAGUAGCUGAACUAGAGGGGCUUUUGGAUCGAGGCGAAAGAGAGAGGAACUCCCUGAACACUCAGCUAGAGGAGGCCUUUAAGAAGCUCACCGCUCAGGAAGCUGACAACAGCAGGGUGUGUGGAGAGCUGCGCUACCAGUUGAGCCAGGCCCAACUUAAGAAAGAAGAGGCUGAGAGGGAAUUACAGGACUCUCGAUCCAAACUGGGCCGCCAACUUGAGUUAGCACAACGGGAAGUACAGAAGCUGGGUGAAGAGCUGCGUGGCAGCCAGCAGCGUUUGGAGGGGGCCCAGAGGGCAGAGGGCCGAGCUCGGACGGAGGCAGCCGGCCUGGCAGAGGGGCUGAACCGCGCCCAGCGCCAACUGCACCUCACCAGGAAGGAGAAGGAGGCAGUGGAGCGGCGUUGUGCGGAGGACAUGGCUGCACUGACCUUCCAGGCUCAACGGCGCGAGCGUGAGCUGACACAGACGCUCCAGCAAAUGGAAGCGCAGCACGAGAGGAAUGUUGCAGACAUGGACGCCUUGCUGAGUUUGCAGAAUGGCCUCAUCGGGAAGCUGAAGGACGAGUGUCAUACUCUUUGUUCGAAAAUGGAAGAACUGACCCAGUUAAACAGGGCCGAGGUGGAACAGCUUUCUUUAGAGAAGGAGAACCUGCAGGAGAGCAUAGAGAGGCUUCGAGGUCGCUGUCAUGAGAUGGAGGAACAGUGUGUACAGCAUGGGAGAAUGCACCAGCGCAUGAAACACAGAUUGCAGCAGCUGGAUCAACACUGUCAGUCCAGUGCUCAGCAGGUGUUGGAGCUGCUCAGCAGACAGAACCAGCUCGUGCACGAGAGGCAGCUUCUCACUGAAGAGAUGAGCAACCUGCGUGUACAGUUCCCAGCCGAGAGGAGAGAAACUCUCGGAACAGUGUGAGGGCGGCUAUUUCCUUCUCUCUCGACGGAGUUAAUCCGAUCACACCGACGGAGCGCCAUCGCCACGGCUUUACUCCGAACUCAUGAGGGAUUUUUUUUUUUUGGCUACAAGUAAGAAGUGGGUGUGUGGGUGCGAGUUUGUGCGUGUGAUGGCUGCAGGGGGUCGUGUGACAUCACAGUCCAUACUGCAUACACAGCAGCAGUGCUGGCUCUCGGUCACUAACACUCUCGCUCUCACACACACACACACACACACACACACCGUCCCCUCCUCUCUCUCGCUCUCUCCCUCUCCAUCACUCUUACACACACACACACGCCACACCCUCUACACACAUGGAUUUGCUAAAUUAUGUUCAAUACUCACUGAUUUGUGGUGCAUACCAAACAUGUAUUUGCAAUGUACAUUUUUGAACGAUAAUUUAAAGAUUAAUUUAUUUGCUGUUUUUACACGUUUUUCAUGUGUUUGUCCAUGUUUGGAACUUUUGUUUUGUAAACACGCUUUCGUCAAAUAAACGUUCAAACCCGA